UCUGUUUUUGAUUGUAUGAUAUUUCUGUGAUAGUUGGAUUAAUAGAAAUGUUAUGCUUUUACAUCGUUAUCAUGGUGCAAAGUAGUUAAGUAGUUUUCUUGUUUUUUAUCAUUGUGGGAAAUUUGGAUAACUUAAACAUUUAGAUUGAUUUAUCUAAUUCAACCUUUAACUUCAAUUUCAGAAUGAAAAGAAAAACAACUUGAGAUAUUUCAAGUUUUUUUUACUAAAAAAGUGCCUACUUUAAAUCCUCCUCCUCCACAAAAUGGUACUCCUCCUCCACAAAAUGAUGUACCUUCUCAAGAAAGCGAACCAAAUCCUCCUUCACUACUUUUUUAAGUAUUUUUUUUUUCAUUAUACAAGCUUUGACUAUAUUUUGAUAUUUUAUGCGGUCGAUGGACGAUGAUGGGACAACCUAUUAAUCAAAUCCUGGAUCCGCCACUGAUCGCUACACUCCUCGCUCUCUGUCCAACUCGCCUCUCAUUCUCUCAAUCUUUGGAUAUGGGGAUAGAGAGAGAGCAGAGUAGCACAUCCGAAGCCGAAAGAGAGGAAAAAAGGAUUGUGAUGCUGGCACUGAGCAAUGAAGGCUUGCCUUCGGAAAGACUACAAGGUGGUACUCAAUUAUAUCACACUCGUGCAGAAUUUCACUCGGUGGAUCUGAAGCACAAUAUAUUAACCCGUUCUUGCUUUCCUUCAAUUAUCAUGGUUAAGUUCUUAUCAUCUGCCAUGGUGUCAUCUUUGAAUAAAUUUAUCUACUUAGUGGGAGUGGGAGGAGCGCGGUCACCUGACGUCCAAUCAUCUGAUGAGUCUUCCUCUUCCAACCACACAUUCUACUCCGGCGGUUCAUAUCUUGACAUGUCUGAUGAGGCUCCAGUGUGGUGUCCAGCUCCUGUCUUCGUUGAGGAUAACACUUCUCCCAACUAUGUUAGCUUUCUUGGCAAUAUUUACAACUUUGGAUCUGUUUGCCUUGCGCCCCAGGUUCUUGACUGUGGUGCCCUUGGCCACUGUAAGUCAAUUCGCUCUCUCCCUAUCCCUCAAAGCCUUGCCGGUUGUAGUGUGUCUGUUCCUGUACUUCCCGACCCUUCCAACAAACGCAUUCUUAUGCGCCUCUAUGGUGGUCCCCUUUCGUCGCCUUCCCUCUAUGCUUUCACUCCCGAUCCUGAUGCUGAUGCUAUUGGGACAUGGGAAUGUCUCACCUCUGAUUUCCAACUUUGGGCUCAUGCUGCUGCUGUUGUUAAUGGGGUCAUAUAUUUUCACUGCCAUAGAGUUCCAUCUCUUCUUUGUGCUUUUCAUAUAACCAAGAAAAUAUGGUUGAAAGUCUGGUGGGAUUCGUGCUUUAAGGACAAUGUUGAUAUGAAUGUCGAAACUUUUAAUUUCGAUGCAAUGCUUCAUUUGGGCCACAAUAUUUUGUGCUUUGCUGGUUGGAUGCCCAUAUAUUCCCGGCUUACUGUUUUUACCCUCGAAGUCAUCUUUUACAAGUUCCAAGUGCUGGUCACCGGUGAAACUGUAACCGUCAAGGUCUGUGACUCCUACUCAUAUGAACUUCCGCGAAGUACUAAUGUGUUUCAUUUCCUCCCCGUUUAGCAGGGUAGCUGCUGCUGAGGAAGAGUAUGGCAAUAGUGUUGGUCCUGAGGAUGAUUACUUGCUCCUAUUGCUUGCACAUCGUCAUCCAAUUUCGGAUUCCUGAUUUUUUGCCUUUUAGUCUUGUGAUGACUGAUGACUGUUUUAUAGUGUUGUACUUGGUUUAAGUUUUUGGAAAUACUUUAAUUAGCUCUUUUAUGUGAACUAAAAGCCUAAAUACAAGGAUGGUUGUUUGUGAUAAAAAUCUUGAUUCCAAUGAACAACAAUUUUCUACUUUAUUCAAAAUAACAUGUCCUUUGGUUACUUGGGUUUCCCAA